AUGGACAACCUGACAUUCAGAUACAGUGUACUACUAGUGGAAGGACUGAAUGUUACACCGCAGUCAAGCUUUCCUGCAUUUAUCCUUAUUUUGAUUCUAUACAUAUUUAUAAUGUUAUCUAACAUUGGGAUGAUGAUUCAGAUUUUAGUAGAAAAAAGUUUACACCAGCCUAUGUACAUUAUUUUCUGCAACUUGACACUGAAUGAUAUAUUAGGGUCUACUGUUCUUAUGCCACACUUGUUGAAGGAUAUUUUAACAGACCCCUCUAAGCGCUACAUCACAUAUGUGGAGUGUGUUAUUCAAGCUUAUUUUACUCAUUUGAAUGGUACAGCAUCUCACGCUGUGAUAAUGAUUGGCCUCAGUGUGCGCCUGUCUCACUGCAGAUCUGUGAUUCAAAACCAUUUUUGUGAUAAUGCUUCACUUUUUAAACUAUCCUGUGAAAAUACUGUGAUUAAUAAUGUAUAUGGAUUGACUUUCGCUGUGGUUUUAUUUGCCUCCUCAAUAGGGAGUGUGGCAUUAACAUAUCUCAGAAUAAUGAUGGUAUGCUUCAAAAGUAAAAACAAAGCAAACUACAGCAAAGCCAUAAAAACCUGCAGUGCUCACUUGACUGUUUAUAUAAUUAUGUUUGUGUCUGGGUGUGUUGCAAUUUUUCUUCAUCGUUUCCCUGUAUAUGGUGAAACUAGGAAACUAGGUAGUGUAAUGUUUCAUAUUAUUCCACCAGGCUUGAAUCCAAUAAUAUAUGGUAUUCAAGCCAAAGAAAUAAGACAAAAAAUGGUUAAACUCUUUAGAAACAAAGUUAAUACUAAGUGA